UAUGCCUCAGAAAAGAGGCAAGGACUGAGGCGUGACGGUAGCAGAUCCUAGCCUUUUCCAAGCCACGCUACUCCUACAUAUCCCACCACCAUAUUUCCACUUCCUUCUCCUACCCUAAAGCUAUAGUGAUGAUGAGAAGCAUAGCAAACUCAGCUCCUCAGCGAGGUAUAGCCGCCAUCGUGGGGGUUGGGCCGAAGCUGGGCCGCUCCAUCGCCCGAAAGUUCGCCCACGAAGGCUAUACCGUCGCUAUUCUAGCCCGCGAUCUCGGGAGACUCUCGAAAUUCGCCGACGAGAUCGCUAGGGAAGAAAAAGCCCAAGUUUUCGCCAUACGGAUCGACUGCUCCGAGUCUAGAAGCGUGAGGGAGGCAUUUGAAGGGGUUUUGUCUUUGGGUUUUGUGGAGGUGCUGGUCUACAAUGCCUACCAGCAGCCCCCCAAUUGGCACCCCACCCACUUCACCGACAUCCACCUCGACUCUUUCGAGAAGUCCCUUGCCGUCUCUUCUGUCGGAGCCUUUCACUGUGCUCAACAGGUUCUUCCGGGAAUGGUGGAAAGAGGAAAAGGGACGAUUUUGUUUACAGGGUGUUCAGCUUCACUCAAUGGCAUUGCUGGCUACUCUGAGCUCUGCUGUGGAAAAUUUGCGUUGAGAGCACUGUCACAGUGCCUGUCCAUGGAGUUUCAACCGCUGGGUGUACACAUAGCGCAUGUUAUCAUCGGCGGGGUGAUUGGCCAACCUAGAGGGGGUCAAUCGUCGUCGUCGACUGCUUCGCUGAGGACGACGUCGUUUGGGGACGGAUCAAUGGACCCGGACGCGGUGGCUCAAACCUACUGGCAGUUGCACGUCCAAGACCGGAGUGCUUGGACCCAAGAGAUCGACCUCCGUCCCUCUCACCCACCCAGAUUCUGUUAGAAGCCAAUUAAUAAUAUCAAUAAUAUGCAAUUGGCUCCACAUAAUCGUGGUGAUAAUUAUUUAUAUAUAUAUAUAUGCUUAAAAUUGUUUAUAUUUCCUCUUUGCUUUACUUACUUUAGAAAGAGUUGAAGACACCAUGAUUCCAUGAAGCCAGUUUGCGAGAGCCACUUGCCCUUGCGCUAGGGACAACUCGGGGAGGAGCCAACUCUUGCUGGCAGAGGUUCCAAUCUAUCUCCCCAAGUGGUGUGGAACUGAGGGCCCAGAUUAAAAGAUGGGUGUGGUCGGGCCAUCAUUUCUCUGCUGCAUUUGUAAUUUACACUAGUGCCACUUUUCUGUUUACUUCCCCCACUUGCCAAAUCAAAACCCAAAAUAAGUUGUUAUAAUACAAUGUGUACCACCUUUUUAGUGAAGGUGGAGCUCACAAACACAACGGGGAUGUGAUUAGUUUUUACUGUGUAAAUAGUGUUUUAUAUAUUUAUUUUGUGUAAUAGUUAUUUUGAAAAGAAGAGGUUUGUGUGACUCUAAUAAUUUAAUUAAGUGAUGUUUUUAAUU